CCGGUCCAGCCGCAGUACUACUACGGCAGUAAUUUUGGCUACAUCAUCGCCUUCAAGCCUCAUAACGACCCCGAGUGGAUGAGGGUGACAGUGACCGAUCCACAGGCCCAAAAGUACGUCCACAAAGACUUGAAAAUCCCCCCGUCCACCAGGUUUGAGGUGAAGAUGAAGGCCUUUAACAGUCAGGGUGAAGGGCCGUUCAGCGUCAGCGCCUUCAUCUACUCCGCUCAGGACGUUCCUGCAGAAGCUCCCACCAUCAUCGAGGCGAGGACGCUGUCGGCCACAGAAGCCGUCGUGUCCUGGGUGCCUCUACAGCUGCAGACGGUUGAAGGAUACCAGGUCCGGUACUGGAGGGAGUCGGUGGAGAACGAGGCGUCCGCACAGCGUGUUCUGGUUCCCAGUCGAGAAAACCACACGCGUCUGGACAACAUGAAGCCCAACUCGCAUUACCUGAUCGAUGUGCGGGCGUAUAACGGCGCCGGAUACGGACCCGCCAGCCAGCGCCACAAAAUCUACACCAAGAGAGCGCCUCCUAGUCAGCCUCCUAAAAUUGUCGGCACAAAGAUGAACUACAGCGGCACGACGAUCAACAUCGCCUGGGAGCAGGUGGAGCCGCUGGCCAACGAGUCGACGGUGGAGGGAUAUAAGGUGCGGCCGCUCUGGCGUCUCCGUCUCUCGGCUUCUUCUCGCUUCUCCUCACGAUGCUCAAUCGACACUGGAGGAUCAAACAUCUGGCACCUGGAGCCACAGAUUUCCGAUCCUCGAUCACCAAUUGAUCAUAUGGUCCGUGAGAAUCAAAAUAAUAAAUACCUUUAUAAAAGAAAUCAAGCCAUCAGCAGUGACUACAGGGGCACGGGAUAUGAUCGUGGACACCUGAACCCCAACUGCUUCCAAUGCGGAGACGGCCGUAAAGCGACAUUCACACUGACCAACGCUGCACCUAUGAAAGAGCGUUUCAACCGUGUCCACUGGAAGAACUGGGAGAGCACGCUGAGGAGAUUCUUAAAAGGCAUGCUUGAGAGGGAUGGUUAUUUUGCAACAGCCUACAUUGUCACAGGUACAGUACCUGAUCCCAAUGUACGGAUACCACAGAGGGGAACCUCUGAAGAGCCGGAAAGGGUGUCAGUGCCCUCUCACAUCUGGACGGCUGUCUGUUAUAAACACGACACUGAUGACAGUAAGUCCUUAUCCUUUGGCUACAUUGGAAGAAACCACCCAGAAGAGCCUGACAUAAGCCUGAUGAGUGUCUCAGACCUGAAUGAUCAACUCAGCGGACUCUACAGUGAGCUCUCAUGGACCCAGCAGUCAGUUGAGAUUUUUGUUGAUGAUUGUUUUGGUUACAAUAAUAAAUUUGAAGUUCAUGGUGCGUUUAAGAAAUUAAUUAAUAUAAGCCCAGGCAUCAGCCUCACUGAUAAUGGACAGAGGUGCUUGUAUGAUCACCCCUGUGCCACAUAUGACUAUGACUACUACUGGUGUAAGACUAGCCUUGGUUACAUUAAAGAUGACUGGGAUUACUGCAGCCUCCCUUCACUGAGGCGCAGUAAAACUAAAAAUGGAAAGUAGUGCCGCAGCAAUCACGCCUGUGCCAAAUGUUGUAAAUAAAAGCCAUGGUGCUACACGGAUGAUGAAGGCAAUUAUGUGCUGUACUUCUGAUGAUUGCUACUCAACUGUUAAUGACCAAACCUGCAGGCAUAAUCACCUCUGUGGCUACCAUAAUAAAGAUUACCUGUGGUGCUACACAGAUAGAGAAGACAACUGGGAUUAUUGUUGUAGAAACUGUAGACAGUGGAUGGUUUAAAGUGCUUAU